AUGACCGUAAAUGAGAUGCACAAGAAGUAUGAAGUCUUUGCGUGUCCUUCUUUUCAUAAGUUUUUGUCAACCGAAACUACCGGACGACCAUGGUCUACAAACCAAAUGUACGUAAUUCUCUAUACCAAUGAACUAGUCUCCAUUGGAACGACAACGGUGGACAGGUACGGACGUACCCCGAAAUCAUCCAAUUCGGUCACCGGAACUCUCCAUCUCGGAACAUUAAUUCUGGUAACUGAGUACUAUGUUUCAAAGACCAUUUUGGAUCAACACAUCUUAUUCAAAGGAGUAAGGGAAGUGUCCAGGGGACAUGGUGUCCCACAUUCCGAAUCAGUGGCGACGCGAUUUACGAUCAUUGGAAGGCAAGUCACGAGGGAUGUUCGUGGCAUCAUGGAAGACAUGGACGUCGUACGAGCACUUUGUGAGAGUGAUGGAGAGAUGGGAAGAUUUGCACGCCAAGACUUAUCGAUGGGACGAGGAGUCUCCAGACGUAAUUUUGGUACAGAAGUAUAG